AAAGCAGCAGCAGCAGAAGAAGAAGAAAAAAAAGUGGAAAGCGCGGAAACAACAUGCACGCUGACAAAGUUAGAGAGAUAAAUUAACGCUGUUUGGCGUUUGAUUUACCUAACUUAACGAGUUUAUGAGGCUGUGGGAGGAUUUACUUUACUAACAUGGAUAUAUUUAGAGAAGAGACGGAGUUUACAGAUAUCCGGAUGGUUCAUAGGAUGGUGAAUCUGUUUGAGAGCCGUCCUGGAAUCCAGGGGAGAUUUAGAGUUGGCGUUGUUGCUAAUAUCAGCAAAAAUGGAGAGUGUGGUGUUACGGAGGAGGUUUAUGGUGAAUGGGGUCUUGGGCCUAAUAAUUUCACAGCGUACUCAAACCUGGCAGACUGGAACAGUGGGACUGCAUUAACGGGGGGCUCGGCUUAUCAGCCCCCCGACAAUUAUUACCCACCAUCCUCUUCAAAAGUCCAGCCUAAAGAGAGUGACGCUGAAAGAAGAGCCAGAUUAUUAGAAGAAGUUAUAAAAAGCAAAGAGAAGGCUGAGAAGAAGCGAAUUAAGAAACAGAAACGUAAAGAAAGAAAACGGCUUGAGAAGUUGGAGAAGGAGAAACUGAACCCCGAAACAAACAAAGAGGCAGAAGAAGCUGAGCAGCAGAGCAAAUCAGAGGGAAGCACCGCAGGAAGUGAGGAAACCAAAAACAACCCGCCGGCCGAAGCAAAAGACAGCGGCGGUGGCAGCAGCGGCAGCAGUGAGGAAGAGUCCAGCGAUGAAGACACCAAGAAGGACUCCGCAGACUCUGAGGAGCUCGACAUGAGCAGCACGUUUGUGAGUAAUGCUGCUCAGAUUGCCAGGCGACAGCUGGAGCAGAAUCCCCGCGCCGAGAGGAAGAGGAGGCCCCCCCCCCCACCACCACCACCACCACAGAGGAAGCAAAGAGCCCCCCCGAGACCUGAAGGAGCCCCAGAGGAAGAGAAGAAGCAGGACUUUGCCCCCCCCACUUUGGAAGAUAAUGUUAAAUUCAGUACUGAUCUCGCGGUUAUUGGCAAUAAGUUUGCGAGUGCUGGAGACUUUAAUAUGGCUGUGAAGUAUUUCACCGACGCAAUUAAAUACAACCCCACGGAGUUUAAGCUGUUUGGGAACCGCUCGUUCUGCUUCGAGAAGUCUCAGCAGUUUGAGAAGGCGCUGGCAGACGCAGAGCUGUGCCUCAGCAUGAACCCCGGCUGGGUCAAAGCUCACUUCAGGAGGGGGAGGGCGCUGGCCGGACUCAAGAGGUAUGCGGAGGCGGCCGGAGCCUUCAGGGAGGUGCUGUCUCUGGACGGCUCGUGUGCAGAAGCAGCUCAGGAGCUGAUGAGGGUGCAGAUCACUCAGCUGAUGGAGUAUGGCUUCACUCGGGAGCAGAGCUCAAAUGCUUUAAUAAUCCACGGCACGGUGGAGAAGGCUCUGGAGGUGCUGUCAGCUUUAAACCGUCCCCCAGGAACUAUUCAAGGUGUCCCCCUCAAACCAGCUCAACUUGUUAACAUCAACGGAGUGUCUCCAGUCCUCUCUGCCAACAUAAGCCCUGCUGCUCUUCCUCUUCUUCAUCCUCCUGCUUCUCCUUUUCUCUAUCCUGUUGCUCCUCAUCCUCACCAUUCUCACAGUGCUCUACAAUUAUUAAAGAACAAACCUUUAGUCCAGAAUAUGUCCAACAUCCAGAGUCAACAGAAGAUCGUUCCUAACCAGGCAAUGAAGAGCGGGGCUGAACAGGAGCUGUUUCCAGUGUGGGUGGGGAACCUGGUGUACCCAUUGUCUGAGGCCAUCCUCAGCAACAUGUUUAACAACGUGGGGCCGGUCCACAGUGUGAAGCUCCUCAUUAACAAACGAUGCGCCUUCGUUAACUAUACCAAACGAGAUCACUGUGAUGAAGCAAUCAGACGCCUGCAUGGCUCUGAUCUGAAUGGCAUGAAGAUCGCUGUGCGCUAUCCGGACCGCAUCCCUCCAGGAAUGGGGAUCUCCAGAUCUGCGCUGAAGGCUGAAGACCAGCAGGACGAGAACAUGAGGCAGAGUGGGACUUUCUGGCCCUCCAGACCGGGCUCCGACUUCAGAGGCAGCCACAAGUUCUGACCCACUGCCCUUCACAAUAAAAGCAGAACAAUCUCUAGCAUCUACAAGGUUUUCAAGCUUUGCCUCUUGAAGUGUUUUUAGAUCAUGAGUUUUUUAAAAAGGAAAGUUGCUGGAAAAUCCUUCUACUGAUGGGGAGAUCAUUUUAUAAUUCUGUAAAAAAGAGAAUCAGGUAUAAGUGAGAUGAUGGUAUUAAGAAACACUUCUUUAUGCAAAUAUUUAUUCCAGCAGGAGAAUCAGCCAAUUUAUCUUAUAAUAAUUAUAAUGUUUGAAAAAUGUUUUAUUCCUAAAUGAUUUUAGCAUUAGGCCCCACAAUGAGUAUUACACCAGCCCUCCAAGACACGUUUUAUUAUUCAUUUUACAGACAUUCACCAUUAUUAAUCAUUAAUGGGUGACGUUGACUUUACUCAGGUAUUGUUGAUUUCUCCGAGCCUGACUAUUUUCACCAUUAUCUUUUUUAUUUACUAUAUGUUUUACCCUGCUAUAAACAUAUUUAAUACAGAAUAUUGCCUUAUGGGUAUUUGUAUCCAAAGGAUCACUCAUGUGGUGAUCGUGUGAUUACUUCAGUUUAUUCAGAAGCCGUCAUCAUGAGUUUGUUCUUAAUGCAAGAAUUAAAGAUUCUGUCAUA